ACUUAGCCACACUGUCAUGCAGAACGCACAGAAAGACCAACCACUGAAAGGGGUAGGACGAUAAGAUAAACUCUCUGAAAACCGUUUAGUCCAGAUUAUGGCUGAGGACGUGAUUUACGCAACGCCCAACAUGAAGACCAAGGUCAGGUAUACACAAGGAGAGAGAGAGGAGAGGAUAGUGGACAUCUACGCUAGCCUGGAGAGCCUCAGAGAUCCACAGCAGCACUCUGUGGGGACAGAGGAGUCCUCCAAGUCUCUGGGAACAGGAAGAAGUCAGCGGCCGGACGCUGUGAGCCCUCCUUGGUGUCCUAUCAGGGCUGUGGUGGUGCUUCUGGGCCUGCUGUCUGUUGUCCUGCUGGCUGGACUGCUGGGGUUGGCCGUUAAAUACAAGACCGACGUGGAGCAUCAUUUCCUAACGAUCAAGAAUUUGACAGAACAGAGAGACUCACUGCUUUGUAAACAGUGCUGUCCAGAUGGUUGGAGGAAGUUUGGUUGUAAAUGUUACAAGGCUACCGACCUGUAUCUAUCCUGGAAUAAGAGCAGGGAGUUCUGUGUUUCCCACGGAGCAGAUCUGGUGGUGGUGGACAGUAAAGAGGAGAUGGACUUCAUUAACAGGUGGUACAACGUGUACUUCUGGCUCGGAGCGACAGAUGAGGCCAGUGAAGGGAUGUGGAGUUGGGUUGAUGGGACCGUCCUGUCACUGGAUGACCCCUCCUGGAGUACAGGGGGACCUCAAGGUGGUGGGGGCAAGAACUGCUUAAGGAUGGCCAGGGAGCAGAGCCAAUUUAAAUGGACAGAUGAGAGCUGUGAAUACACAAGCAUUGUGGGGCUUUGUGAACUCAAUUUAAUGAAGUGAAUUAUUUUGGCCUUCUCUGUACACGUGCCUCUUCACUUGAUGCCAACAUACAUCGGCUGCUUUGUUUCAUACAUGUUUGGUUCCUUCAUUCGAUAAGAGCUGUGAUUGGCUGCAAGUUGUUCAUUUAAAGCAGAUGAGAUGCACUGGUCACUGCAGGAGAUGUACAACGUUGUACAUAGAUGCUGCUCUUGUUACUACUUGUAAAAAAAUGUCAAUGUUUCCACAGUUGCUCUUGGUCCUAUAGGCUGAGGUUAGGAGGUAAAGAGUCACACAGUCAUUAACUGGUCUUCAGCUGCUGUAAACCACACUCGUUCUCUAUCGAGGGCUGCCUUUGUCCCCUCAACGAUGUGAAGAUCACCCUUCAAAAAAUUGAAAUGUCAUUCAUAACAGAUGUGUUAAAAACAGAUGUUGUAAACUAUAUUCAUUUUUACAUUGAAUUAGCCUAGUUUUUUGCUUCUUUUUCGGGUAAAAUCCAUCACGAAAAAUGUUGUACGAUCUUUUGAAUGUUGUCCCCACUCGUAACCCAGUUCACUCUCCUUUUUAUUCACCUAAAAUGGCAAUAUUUUAAGGUGCUGCGUUUGUUCUCGUCAAACAGAAACAAGUUCCUCCUCAUUUCUAAGUAAAUAAGGAUAUCAGUGUAUAACCAUGGUAACACAUCAUUGAUAUCCAGAUAUCAACUGUAUUGCAAUAAACUACAUUGUGUCCUUGAGCAAGUGUCUUCAUGUUAUCUUGUUAAGUGUUGUCUCCUUCUUAACACUUUGCAGCCAGCUCCAACAUGUGUCUAUCAAAUGGAGGAAACAAAUUACGGAACAAAAUAACCACAUCCUGAGUGGGAUGAAAAAGAAGACGAUUUUUGUAGAGUGACGUAAACAAAUGUCCGUGUUUGACUGACAUAAGGUCCAUGGACCUCAGAGCCCUCAGGUCCGUUGUAAAGGCCAUUGGUUCUGCUCACAGACACCCGUCAUCUUGAGGCCCUUCUCCUCAUCCUCUCACUCUGUUAUUUAUGUCAUUUGGUUUCCAUUCUCCAUCUGUUCACCACAUGUCCUGGUCCUUAUCCCCGCACUCACAGAUCCUGCCACUUCCAUCUGCAAUCACUUCCUUCCCCUCACCUGAGCUUCCUCUUCAGUCCAACACCUGCAUUUCAUUCCCC